GCACUAGCGACGCGCGUGAAGUUCACAAUUAAUCAAUCCCAAAGAAACAAAGUCCAAUCGAAUUGAAUAAAAAAACGUCUACGUCGGAGUUUACUCCUCUUCCUCCGUCGCAGUCGCCAAAGAAGCCGGAGCGGCGAUAAUUAAGCAGGGGACAGUGGUAUUUCCGGCCGAAGGAGGGAAAGUUAGGGAGAGAAGAUGAACAGUACAUCACCGGCACACUCAUCAGUGUCAACAACAGCCAUCGUCGGGGCUAAUCCCGCUCUCGACGAUUGUCAUUUCCCGUCCGACCUAAUUUCAGUCCAAGACCGUAAGGAUGAGGCCUUACUUGUUCUUAAGGCUGAUCUGAUGGCUGCACUUAACAAAGAGGUUAAAUCGUUGGAUGACGAUAACUGGAAAUUUGAAGCACCUCGUUCAUGUCUUAUAUCAAAGCCUCGCGGGUUUGCUAACAAAAGGAUGGAAAUAACAAAAAGCAGGAAUUUUAUGCAGCCGAAAUAAUUCAGAUUCUUCAGACAGGUCACAUCUUUCUUCUGUGGACUCUUAAGGAAUCUGUCCAUUGGCUGCUGAUAUUAUAGUUAAAUGUAGUUCAAUAACUAAACAUUAAAUGAGUAAAUUAUAGUUGCUAGGUUACAAAGCAGUUCGAUUGAUUACUGAAACAAGGCCUGAAGUCCUUAUAUAUCCCUUCAAUUGUAUUACAAGCAGAGCAAGACUGCACGUAAUUUGAUUGACUAGCGAUCACUUGCCUGAGUGGUAUCAGUUUGGUGGUCCCUAAGCAGGAAAUGGAGUUCCACUUUUGCUAACUUCCAUAGCUGCAUGAAAUGUAAACAAUGUAAUAAAAGAUGGAUUGCAUAAUGCAGCUGAGAUUUGAAUCUUCAUGCACUCGUUCAUCUUUGAGCAGGCAUGUUUGGUUUACCCUA